AUGGAAUACGUGAACGAUAAAUUCGCAUUGAAAAGUCAAGCGAUUAAGGGCAGCGACUAUUACAUGGGCUCUGGCAGCGGGCUGGACCAAGUUAUGGAGAGUUUGGACAGUGUACAGUACUACAGCAAAACCUCGCCCAAGUGUGUGCAGGCUUUCGGGCUACAGACCACCGAGCACAACACGCGAAUGGAGCGGGCCUCACCGUGUGGAGAACAAAACGCGAAUUAUGGUGUCCCCAAAACUGAAGAUACCUUGCACGUGGACCUCGGGAGGUCGAUAGACAACUGUUGCAGUCUGAGGGACUCGCCGGUAAUGGCACGUCAGGAGAAAACGGAUUUGUACGAAAUCAGUGACAAGUGUGACAGUAACGUAUCGAGCAGUAAGAAGCGGCGGCACAGGACGACGUUCACGAGCGCACAGCUGGAGGAGUUGGAGAAGGUGUUUCAGAAAACUCAUUACCCAGAUGUUUAUGUGAGAGAACAGCUGGCGAUGAGAACGGAGCUAACUGAGGCCAGAGUGCAGGUGUGGUUUCAAAACAGAAGAGCCAAGUGGAGAAAAAGAGAACGUUAUGGGCAGAUUCAACAGGCAAAAAGUCAUUUUGCAGCGACAUAUGACAUAUCAGUGUUGCCAAGGACGGAUAGCUACUCACAAAUCCCCAACAACCUGUGGCCCAGCCCUGCUCCCAAUGGCUCAAUGGUGUCCUCCUGCAUGCUCCCCCGUGGAUCUCCUCCCUGUGUAACCUCCUACUCCCACUCCCCCCGCUCCGCAGCCGACCACGGGUAUGUGGGCUUCCCCAACCAGCAGAACCAGUUUGGACACGUCUCCAUCAACAACUUUUUCACGGCUGACUCCCUCCUCACACCCUCACCCAACGGACACCCAUUCGAGGCCAAGCCUGAGUUUGAGAGACGCUCAUCCAGCAUCGCCGUGCUGCGGAUGAAGGCCAAGGAACAUGCGGCUAACAUAUCCUGGGCCAUUUGA